GUGAAUUGGUGGAAACGUACCCACAAAUCACUCUAUCUACCACCGCUAUCUUUGAACUCGCCCGCCCUGUUGAAGGUGAUCAGCGAGACUGGUCUAACACGCCGACUGGUUUCUCAAGCGCAUCACUCGAGUUCAAUUGUUCCUGUUCUCACCCGGUUGCGUGAAAUGAUAGAUCAACCAUCCGAUCUGUCAGCAAUGAUGCUGGUUCUGGGAAUUGUGCUGUUGUCGAAAUACGCAAUCAUUCAGGCCUCCCGAACUGCUGUGGAUGCUGGACGUCGAAAAGUGAAUUAA